AGACAGCGCUCUAGAUUAACCAAGGACUAGUGGCCUUGCUGUCCCUGGACCAAGGCAGUCAAGCCUUGCCUACUGGCCCUGGAGCGCCUCCAGCACCCGGGUGGGGCCUUGAGGGAGCGCCCAGUCAGUCACCCCAGCAUGUGGGCGCGGCGGGGCGGGCCAGGGCUGCGAUCUGGACGCUGAGUGUCCUUCUGGUCUGGAGUGUUUGUCCAGACAGCCGGCGCGGCUGGGUCUCUGCGAGGCUGGGUCUCUGCUUGUCCUCCCUUCUCUUCCGGGACAGUUGCUGUAGGCAAUCUGGAGGUGGCAGGUGCUUGGGUCACCUUGCUCCGGGUACUGAGCAGGUUUGUCCAUAUUCACUGAGCAGCAUUUACUACAGAUACAGCUCUGCUGAAUUCCUGCUGUGGGAGUCAUCAUUUCUGGGCUGGUCAAGUCUCUGGGAAGGUGCAGCGGUGCCCGAGCUCCUGGCUGCUGGUAGCAAACCGGCAAGUGGUUUCCAAGAACUUCUGCUGCAGGUGGAGAAGUUCCUGUGAGCAGCAAAGAUGCUGAGGCAGAUACUGGCGGAAAUGUUCAUAGACCCCGAUCUGCUGGCAGAGCUCAGCGAAGAGCAGAAACAGAUCUUGUUCUACAAGAUGAGAGAGGAACAGAUCCGACGAUGGAAAGAAAGAGAAGCGGCCAUGGAAAGAAAGGAGUCCUUGCCAGUGAAAUCCAGGCCGAAAAAAGAGAAUGGCAAGUCUGUCCAUUGGAAGCUGGGCGCCGAUAAGCAGGUGUGGGUUUGGGUAAUGGGCGAGCACCAUCUGGACAAACCCUAUGAUGUGCUGUGUGAUGAGAUCCUUGCUGAGAGGGAGCAUCUGAGAGCAGCGAAGGAUUCAGAGCUCAGGAAAACUCAGUCUCUAGAACUCGCCAAUAGCUUAAAAAUAAAGUCACAGAACUGUGAUCUGCAAGCACUGAAGAAGACAGAGCCUCAGAAUGUCACCAGGAAAGCAGCUUCAGAAGAGGCAUCAGGUCAAGGACCCAGAGCAAUACCAACCAGGAAGGACGACAAAGCCCAAACUAAAGAACUCGUAAAGGAAAAAGACCAUGAGGAAAUGAAGCAGACAGAGGAUGAGAAAACCAAGCAGAUAUACAAGAGCUGGAAAGAAGACUCAGAAUGGCAAGCAUCUCUGCGAAAAUCUAAGGCAGCUGAUGAGAAGAGACGCUCUUUAGCUAAACAAGCACGGGAAGAUUACAAGAGGCUAUCCCAAAGGGGGAGGAGUGGGGACGGACUGCAGAACCCACUGACUGGUCCACAGAAGCCCAGAAGACCUCCGCUUCCUCCGAAGCCCCAGUUCCUACAGGCGCUGGGAAUCCCUCCAAAGUCUUUAGGGAAUCAGGGAGUGAUCAGAACCGAGACCAACUCCGCCCAGAUGGACACCAUUCGAUGGUUCAAAGAGGAACAGUUGCCAUUCCGUGCAGGUUACCAGAAAAACUCAGACACCAUUGCUCCUUGGUUCCAUGGGAUUCUCACACUAAAGAAAGCAAAUGAACUUCUGAGCACAGGUGUGCCGGGAAGUUUUCUGAUUCGAGUCAGUGAAAAGAUCAAGGGCUAUGCCCUGUCCUACCUGUCUGAGGAAGGCUGCAAACAUUUCCUCAUAGAUGCAUCUGCCAACUCUUACAGCUUCCUGGGUGUGGACCAGCUACAGCAUGCUACACUGGCAGAUUUGGUGGAAUAUCACAAGGAGGAGCCCAUAACCUCUCUGGGGAAGGAACUCCUUCUGUACCCCUGUGGUCAACAAGACAAGCUGCCUGACUACCUGGAGCUCUUCCAGUGACAACUCUCAUCCAGAUCAGCCUCCAACCUCCAGCUGGUUUCCCCUCUGGACAGACACCUCUGAGAUGGACAUUGGUGUGUGAUGCCAAAAUCUCUCUGUGACAGAGCCAACAGUGAACAACGUCUGAGGUCUUCAUUGAAACCUCUCUUCUGCAGAAAUGCUGGAUUCAGUUUAAGGGAAUAUUACCUCUCUCUCAUCCUCAUUCUGAAAGGAAAAGGGGGAAGGUACCCACAUUUGCAACAUCCUAAUAUGAAGGAUAGGACCUUGAAGGAUAUGACCAUAAUGAUGUAUAUAAGAUAAAAAGAGGACAAGGGUACACUGAAAUCUUUUUUAGCAAUUAAGAAGUUACUUUAAACGAACAAGUGAACAAUUUCAUGAUCUACACACUCCCUUUUUGUUAUUCUCUCAAAGCUCUCAGUAUUCUGUGUGUAUAUAUUUUUAUCUUGCCUUUAGAAUGGUGGAAAAAUGUCCCCACUGAGGGAUGAGAUUAUCUUCAAAAGACCACCCUUUCUGUCUCUGUUGGAGUGAGGUUAUAGAAGACAGAAGAGAAAGACCCAAGUGUAAAUUGAAAGACAAGUUUCAAAACUUGAGAUGAGAGACUUACCAUAUAUGAAAUAAAAACCAACCAACCAAAGGUUUUAGUGUGACAGUAACCCUGAGUGUGAUGGUUUGAAUAUGCUUGGCCCAUAGGGAGUGGUACUAUUAGGAGGUGUGGCCUUGUUAGAGGAGGUGUGGCUUUGUUGGAAGAAGUGUAUCACUGUGGGGGUGGGCUUUGAGGCCCUCCUCCUAGCUACCUGAGAGAUUCAGUCUUCUGGUUCCCUUCGGAACAAGAUGCAGAACUCUCAGCUCCUCCUCUGCCAUUCCUGUCUGAAAAAUGCCAUGCUCCUGCCUUAAUUAUAAAGGACUGAAACUCUGAAUCUGUAAGCCAGCCCCAAUUAAAUAUUUUUCUUUAAAGAGUU